CAAUAUUUGUGCUUCAUGUAAAUCAUAUAAUAUUGAUAAACUGUCAAUAAAGUAUAUAAAAAACCCUUGUUGGAUACGAUUUUGGCAUAAUUGUGGUUUUUGUGAGGUUUUUUGAUUGCGAAAAGGUUUUUUGAUUGUAAAUAUGCCAAAAACGCCAAAAACCAGGUUUUUGGCAUAUUUCGGGUGACCGCUUCCGGAAAUGUUUGUAAUUGCAUUCGCUGUAAAGUAAUGUUGCUGCAGAUUUUGUCCUUGUCAGAUUUAAUCAUUGAUUUGGUGUAAAAACUAACUAUGGCGACCAGUAGUCCUGACAGGAGAUCUCACAGCCGAACACGCCACAGCCGUCACGCUCCAUCCUGGAGACUGGGUCAGUAUCAAAAGAUAGUGCCUAAGAUGCCACCAAAACUGAAUCUUUCGAUGUGUGGGUGUGGCAUUCUGGGAAUGUAUCACCUAGGAGUGGCGUCGGCGCUGAUGAAGCACGGCCGGACGUUCCUGGAGAGUGUGGAGAAGAUUGCGGGGGCCUCGUCCGGGUCGCUGACUGCCGCACUGCUCGUCAUGUCGCAGGACAAACUUGACGAGUCUGUAACUUUCACUUAUGAUCUUGCCAAGGAGAUUCGUGCAAAACCGUUUGGUUCAUUCACACCCCGGUACAACAUGCUGAAGUCAGUUUACAAGUUUCUGGACAGCACUCUACCGGAAAAUGCUCAUGAGAUUGCCUCGGGUCGGCUGUUUGUGUCAUUGACAAACGUGGACACGAAGAAGAAUGAGAUUAUAUCACAGUUUGAUUCCAGGGAGGAUCUGUUACAGACUCUGUUGGCAAGCAGCUACAUUCCUUUCUACUCGUCAACGAAUGCCCCGACUCUGCGAGGACAGAAAUAUAUGGAUGGAGGCUUCUCCAACAAUCUGCCAGACUUCCUUGGAGGCCGCACUGUUCAUGUUUCUCCGUUUUCCGGAGGCCAAGACAUAUCACCCAUUGACAAGAUCGGGAAAGGCAGGUUUGUUCGCUUUGGUAACCAAGACUACCAAAUAAACAAGAACAAUAUUAUCCGUGGCUCACAUGCCUUUUUCCCACCUUCACAGCGAACACUGCAGAAAUAUUUUGAGUACGGUCAGAGGGAUACCGGGAAGUUUUUGCGUAAAGAAGGCUGGUUUGAAGUGGCGCCAGUGAAGCCAUAUAAGAAACACCAUGUACGACAGUAUGAAUCAACUGUUUAAGAAACACCACGUGCGACAGUAUGAAUCAACUGUUUAAGAAACACCACAUGCGACAGUAUGAAUCAACUGUUUAAGAAACACCACAUACGACAGUAUGAAUCGACUGUUUAACAUGUCUGUUUGUCGUGGCACACCUUGAGGUUUUAUCGCUGUGAUAACUGUUACAUCAGAACGUUGGGUCUCGUCUUUACACAGUAAACAGGCAACAUGUAGGUAUUACUUUUCCUGGGUGAUGAUUGUAUACAUUUUUGCAUUUCGCUCAACAUUAAAGUUUCACAUUUAGCUCAAUUUCUCAUCAACUAUAAGUCCUGGAUCAACUGUAUACUGUAAAUCCUGAAAUUAACACGUCCCUAAAUUAAUGCAAGUGAAGGUGAGCAUACUAAAAUGCGACAUGAAAUAUUACUUUUCUGUUAAAUCCUAGUUAAAGGUCUCUUCAAUGAGAUCAACUCACUAACAUGUCUGUGUAUACAUCAAUUACCCUGUUUAGUCCCUUAUGAUUUUGGUGAGAUCAACUCAAAGCAUAUGUUUUUAGCAACCAUUUACGUAAUGUGUAGAUUUAGCUAAAUCUGGCUAAAAAUUAGGAUACAUGUAUGUACUAUUACAACUAUCUUUAUCUGUGAAUGGUGAUUUCAAAGUCAUAAUGAAAGAACAGUUCACCCAGUGGUAUGCCGACAAAGAUGCAUCAAACAUGAACAGUGAAAACAAAGAAACCGUCAACCUCAGGAUUAGCGUGCUAAAACACACUGACGCACGAUGGAUCAUGUUGGCUAUUGACAGGGUGGCCAAAGACCCUGCAAUCAUCACACGUGGUUGGCAGCUUGCUGAACUAUUGGACAACUAGUCUGUCUCGUCAACGAUGAAUUGUUUUCCAGUUGUGUGUUAUAAAUCCUGUCCUGGACGGAGGAACCAACUGAGGCCUGCACCCAGGAUAGGCAUGCGCUACAACAGUUUGCUCUGAAUGUGCACGUUAAACUCUCUGACCUGACCUGUGUUAUGAAUAUAUUAGA